AAAAAAUAGGUUCAUCAUCCUGUUUUUUGUCUUUUUAUUUACUUUAAUUUGAACAUUUUCAAAAUCCUAGUUUAGAAUCAUGGGUGUUGUCACUCACGAAUUUGAGGUUAUUAGCCCACUCCCCCCAACCAAGGUAUUCAAGGCCUUUGUUCUUGAUUUUGACAACCUUUUCCCCAAGGUUGUGCCACAUGCAGUCAAAAGCAUUGAGCUCCUUGAAGGAGAUGGUGGGCCUGGAAGUAUCAAGAAGAUUACUUUUGCUGAAGACAGCCAAGUCAAGUAUGUGAAGCAAAAGAUUGAAGCAAUGGACAAACAGAACUUGUCACACACUUACAGUGUGAUCGAAGGUGAUGCAUUGAUGAACGUACUUGAGAAAAUCACUUAUGAGACCAAGUUUGAGGCAGCACCAGGUGGAGGAACCCUUUGCAAGAGAAUCUGCAAGUAUUAUACCAUUGGUGACAUUGAGAUCAAGGAAGAAGAAAUUAAGGCUGGAUCAGAAAGGCAAGCGGCAGUGUAUAAGGCUGUUGAAGAUUACCUCUUGGCAAAUCCUCAUCUCUACAACUAGGUUGCUAUCAGCUCCUGCUUGCUUAUCCUCAUGUCGUCUCAGUUUUAAUGGUGUGAUUUUGGUAUUUUUCUUUUGUCUUUGCCAAAACUGUCUUUGAUUGGGUAAUAAAAGUGGUGGUCUCUGGUUAUGAUCAUCUGUGUUUCGUUGUAAUAAAAAGAGUUUGAGUUGUGU